UUACAGGCCUAUUUAAGAGAAGGUAUAGCUUUACAACAAUUAGAACAACAUGGAGAGUCUUUGGCAGCCUUUGCCUCUGGUUUGGCUCAGGAACCAACCAAUGUUACACUACUGUCAGGACUGGCUGAGGCAGCACUUAAAUCACCACUCAGAGAACAUUUGGCACCAACAUUCCAGCAGUUGGAAAGAUUACGGUUAAACCGAAGUCCUUUUGUAGUGAUAGCCGUGAUUGGUCAGGAACUAUUAUCUACUGGACAUUAUGCCCCUUCCACGUUGAUGUUAGAAUCAGCCUUAAAGAUUGGAACAUGUAGUUUAAAAUUAAGAGGGUCUGUGUUCUCAGCAUUGUCCAGUGGUUAUUGGGGGUUAGGGAAUCUGGAGAAGGCUAUUCAUUAUAUGCAACAAGAUUUAUCUGUAGCCAAAUCAUUAGGCGAUCAAGAGGGAGAGUGCAGAGCUUAUGGAAAUCUGGGUUCAGCAUUCUUCUCAAAAGGAAAUUACAAAGAGUCCUUGACCAAUCAUAGAUACCAGCUAGUGUUAGCCAUGAAACUAAAACAAAAACCAACAGCAUCAUCUGCAUUAAGUAGUUUAGGACAUGUAUAUACUGCUAUAGGUGAUUACCCCAAUGCUCUGGCUAGCCAUAAACAAUGUGUCUUAUUGUUAAAACAGGAUAAUAAUAAACUAUUAGAAGCUAGAGAAAUCGGUAAUGUGGGUGCUGUGUAUUUAGCUAUGGGAAACUUUGAUAGUGCUGUAGAGUGUCAUCAAGAACAUCUUAAAAUGGCUCGAAGUCUCAAAAACAGUGUAGAAGAGGCUCGAGCCUAUAGUAAUCUAGGAAGUGCUUAUCAUUAUAAACGUGAUUACAAUCGUGCUAUGGCCUUCCAUAAACAAGUAUUAAAAGUGGCCGAAUCCAGAAAAGAUCGGACUUUAGAAGCAAGAGCUUAUGCUGGAUUAGGUCAUGCUGCUCGGUGCUCUACUGAUUAUGAUACUGCCAAAGGAUUCCAUGAAAAACAAUUAGACAAUGCUCUCCAAACCUCAGACAAAGUGGCAGAAAGUCGUGCGUGUGCUAAUUUAGGAGUGAUAUACCAUCAGUUAGGAGAGUAUGAAGCAGCAUUAAAACUUCAUAAAAUGAAUUUAAAAAUUGCAAAAUAUCUUGGUGAUAAGGCCAGCCAGGGUCGUGCCUUUGGUAAUAUCGGAAAUGCUUAUAGUGCUUUAGGACAAUAUGAAAUGGCUAUCAAAUACCAUAAACAGGAGUUAGGAAUCUCAUCUGAGGUGAAUGACAGACAUUCAGAAGGUUCGACACAUGGGAAUCUUGCGGUGGCAUAUCAAGCAUUGUGUAUAUAUGACAGUGCCUUACAGCAUUAUAUGGCUCAUCUUACCAUUGCUCGUGAACUUAAAGAUCUUUCCAGUGAAGCUAGAGCUGUGUGUAAUCUAGGUAACUUCCAUUGUGCUCGAAAGGACUUCUCUGAGGCCAUCCAAUACUAUGAACAAUAUCUGAGUAUAUCUCAAGAACUUCAGGAUGCAGACAGUGAAAGUAAAGCCUGCUUCCAUCUUGGCUAUGCUCACUUCUCCUUAGGUAAUCAUCUGGAAGCAAUUAGAUACUAUGAACAAGAUUUGGCUAUAGCUCGAGAACGAAAGAACAGACUUUCUUUAGCCAGAGCCUACUGUAAUCUUGGACUUGCCCAUAAAGCUUUACAUGACUUUACUGAAGCAUUAGAGUGUCAGAAAAAGUGCUUAGGGUUAAUGAAUGCUCUUAAAAAUGGACCUGGAAAAUUCAAAGCAUUGGGCAAUAUCGGUGACUUAAUGCUCAAAACUGGAGAUGCCGUGGAAGCCAUUAAAAUCUACAACCAACAAUUACAGUUAGCUAAACAGUUGGAGAACCAGGAGCUCCUCGCCAUUGCAUACGGUUCUUUAGGUGUGGCCCAUCGAAACAUAGGACAAAAUGAUAAAGCCUUGGGUUUCCAUACUCAAGAAUUAAACACAUAUCAGGAACUUGAAAACCUAAAAGGGGAAUGUCAUGCUCAUGGACAUCUUGGUAAUGUAUACAUGUCACUUGGUAAAUACCUCAAUGCUUAUAAGUGCUACGGAGAACAAUUAGAACGCAGUAGGGAACUACAUAACAGUAAUUUGGAAGCCCAGGCUUGUGCUAAUCUGGGAAUAACCAAAAUGAAUAUGGGACAAUUUGAAAAUGCUAUAGGUUUGUUUGAGGAACAGUUAGCUAUGUUAGAACAAGCCUAUGGUAAUACGGCCAUGCAGGAGAAGGGACAAGCAUUCGGUAAUCUAGGAGAUUGUUACGAAGCUCUUGGAGAUUAUGAAGAAGCAAUAAAAUGUCAUGAACAAUUCUUAACCACAGCUCAGCAGUCCAACUCAUUAUCUGAACAAGACAGAGCAUAUAGAGGACUUGGCAAUGCACAUAGAUCAAUUGGUAACCUCCAACAAGCAUUAGUGUGUUUUGAAAAACGUCUUGUGGUAGCUCAUGAAGUGAACAGUAGUGGAGCAAAAGCCUCUGCCUACGGUGAAUUGGGCUGUCUGCACAGUUUACUAGGAAACUAUGAACAAGCCAUAUCGUGUCUAGAGCAUCAACUGUCAAUUGCCAGGGAAAUGGGUGAUGAACAAUGUGAGAGUGAUGCAGCUUGUGGACUAGGAGGUGUCUAUCAACAGAUGGGUGAAUAUGAAACAGCAUUGAAAUAUCAUAAACUAGAUCUGGAGAUAGCUGAACGAACCAACAACAUGGCUUGUCAAUGUCGUUCGUAUGGUAAUCUUGGUCUAUCGUAUGAAUCUUUAAAUAAUUUUGAACAAUCUGUCAAAUAUCAAGAACAACAUUUGAGUAUCUCAGCCCAGAUGAAUGAUAAAGUUGCUAAAACUCUGGCUUACAGCAGCCUGGGUAAAGUACACCAUGCUCUAGGCCAUCAUACAGAAGCUGUCCAAUAUUUACAGCAAGGAUUACAGAUAGCAGAACAGUUAAGUCGAAGAGAGGAUGAAGCUAAGAUAAGACAUCGUCUAGGUCUAGCUCUGUGGGGUAAAGGAGAUUUAAAGGAGUGUCAACUACAGCUGUAUAAAGCAGCUGAUCUGUUUGAAAUGAUACGAAGAGAAUCUCAGUGUUCCAGUGAUUAUAAACUCUCUCUGUUUGAUCUUCAGACGGCUUGUUAUCAGGCUCUACAGAGAGUAUUAGUGGCACUGAACAGACAUGAUGAAGCUUUGGUGGUAGCUGAACGAGCUUGUACUAGAGCCUUUAUAGAUCUAUUAUUAGAACGACAAGCUGGUUCAGCAGGGUUGUUUAAUGGAACUACAAUGGAUCUAUCACCUAUUACUAUUGAUCAGCUGACACGAAAUGUAGCCAGUCAGCAGUCUCUAGUCUUAUCAUUCUCCAUAGCUGCUGGAUACCUCUAUAGCUGGUUACUGACUCCAAACGAUGGUCUAGUAAAGUUUAAUGAGUUGAAUCUAAAUGAUAUAGAAUGUGAUCUAGACCAGCAAGUAGGUAAUAGUACCAAUGAUAUACAGAGCAUCAUGAGCUUUAAUAAUGGUACUAACAUCUUGGACCACUGUAUCAGUCAGAUCAGAGAAACUAUGGGAGUUGACACCCAUCUGUCUCACAGUUCUUCUCAAAGUGAUACAGAAGAGGUGUUCCAGGAUAAAUUGGAAGUUAUUGGAGAUCGUCUCAAUGCGGAAAAUGACCGGACAGGAUUCCUGAGAAUGGUGAAUCGGAAUUCCAACUUCAAUAGUUCGAGCUACAGCUUAAGCAGCCUGUUCAGUUUAUCCAGUAACUAUCCAAGCAAUCCCAAUCGCAAAAAUAGCACAAAGACCAAAUCUUCCAAAUCCCCCUUGACAUUAUUGUACCAGUAUCUCUUUAGCUCUAUGGAAGAAGCUAUUACUGAGGUUACUGAUGGUACAGUUGAUCCCAUAGACUUAGUGCUUGUUCUUCAGGGUGACCUAUACCUCAUUCCUUUCAUGAUGCUCCAAAAGGAAAAUGAGGACUCUUUUUUCUUUGAAAAAUUUAACUUAAUUGUUGUGCCAUCUAUUAGUGCUUUACAAAAUACGCAAAAAGUGGACAAAUAUGGCCGACCUGUGAUAGACUCUUCUGGAGCUUUGGUGGUUGGGAAUCCCAAACUCACACCCUCAGUUUGUCAGCAUUGGCAUCUAAAGGAAAUCCCUGGAGCUGAGUAUGAGGCAAGGAUUGUGGGUGAGCUCUUAUCAUGUAGACCAUUAAUUGGACCAGAAGCCACUAAAGGAGCAAUUCUCCAUCAGCUCGAACAAGUGGAAGUGAUUCAUUUUGCAGCUCAUAUAUCAUGGAAGUUAUCAUCAGUUAUUCUCUCCCCUGGUGAACUACCUUCCCAGCGUUUCUCGUCCAUAGAUUCAGACAGUCAAUCGAGUGAUAUUAAUAACAUUGAUGGGCCAGCGCUUUCAGAAUAUUUGCUAACUGCUGCAGAUAUUUUGAAUCUGAAACUUCAUGCUAAGCUGGUGGUGAUCAACUCUGGAUACACUGAUGAUAAAGCUGGACGUAUCAACACUGAUGGAGUUAUUGGACUGACCAGAAGUCUGCUCUCAGCUGGAGCUCAAUGUGUACUGUUCUCACUCUGGUCUGUACCUGAUCAAGCCUCGAAGAUUCUUAUGACGAACCUACACAAGGGACUUCAAGAAGGACAGAGAGUGACUGAAGCCCUGUCCACAGCUGUGAAGAUGGUUCAAGCAAAUAAACAGUUCUCCCAUCCAUCUAACUGGGGUGGUUGGGUACUAGUUGGAUCUGAUAUCAAGUUAAGCAGUAAAGUAGCUUUGAUGGGCCAUGCUAUCUGUGAAAUUCUACAGUCACCAACACAGUGUCGUGAAGCCAUGAGAGUACUGCUUCACUUGAUUGAAAAAUCUCUACAAAGAAUCCAACAAGGAACCAAAAACUCUAUGUAUACAACACUUCAAAGUAUUGAGAAUAAAGUUGCUAAUGUUAAUGGAUGGAAAGAUUUACUGUUGUCUGUAGGAUUUCGAUUUGAACCAACAGGGAGUGGGUUUCCACCAGCUGUUUUCUUCCCUCAAUCUGAUCCUACUGAUAGACUGACUCAAGCUAGUUCUAGUCUUCAAGCUCUUUUAGGUUUACCACCCAGUUCAGUAACAGCUCUAUCUAAGUUUGUUACAAGUUAUGAUGUUGGUGUAGCUCUGAUCACAGUGAUGCGGGAAAUACUAAGUAAACUGUUAGCUAAAGAAAAUGGUAUAGAUGUGAUGGUCAAUGUUAAACUAUGGAGGGUCACAGGGUGCCAUGAGUUCCUGGCAUCUCUUGGACUAGAUCUGGUGGAAGUUGGACAAGAUAAUGUUACUCUCCGAUUGAGCAAACAGGCUGUUAGACGACAUUUACAGUUUGCUCUUCAAUCUUUAGUAGCUCUAUUUGAAACCCAAGAAGCACCCAAGUUACUGACAUUACAGAGUUCUAGCAGUCUGGAGAGUCUAUCGUCUUCUCACAGUAGCUCUGUAUCUUAUAACAGUACCCCACCACCUCUAUCACCUAAAGGAAGAGGUUCCAUGUUUAAUCCUGCUGAAAUGGAGAAAAUUAGAUCCAAUAAAACUAGUCUAAUGAGUCAGGUAUGUGAUUUGUUUUUAAAGGAAUUCUAG